GGAUUAAAAAAAAAUACAAAGCCGGCUUCUUUCUCUCUCUUCGUGAGCAAAUCGCUCUAGCGUUCUCUGCCACCGCCACCGCCACCGCCGGUGCCGCCUCCUCUUCCCAACACCUCUCCCAUGACCCCUCCAGGCCUUUCCUCCCUCUUCUCUCCUCCGCAGCAUCGUGUGGGUGAAAUCGCUAUAUCUAUUCUGCUAUAUCAUGAGCAAUAUACUUGGAUUUCCGGCUGGACUUUGCCCAAUCGUUGGAGUUGGUGGACACAUAAGUGGUGGUGGCUACGGUUCACUGCUGCAAAGAUAUUGCCUGAUGGUGGAUAAUGUUCUUGAUGCUCAGAUUAUUGAUGUUAACAGCCAGGUUUUGGAUAGAAAAGCAAUGGGAGAAGAUCUUUUUGGGGCUAUUAGAGGUGGUGGUAGUGCUAGUUUUGGUGUUGUUUUAGCAUAUAGAAUCAGGUUAGUCAGAGUGCCUGAAAUUCACACAGUUUUUAAUGUGCAGAAGACUGAGGCAGAGAAUGCACCAGAUGUUCUUUACAAAUGGCAAAAUAUUGCAGACAAAAUUGACAACGAUUUGUUCAUUAGCGUUAUUGUGCAGCCAAUUACUAGAAAAGUAAAGGGUCAGAAAAUCAUUAGAUUGACAUUCAUGGGACAUUUCCUUGGAGAUGCAAACAGGUUGAUUUCUGUUAUGAACACUGGAUUUCCUUAAUUGGGAUUGAAGAGAAGUGAUUAUUUGGAAACAAGUUGGAUUGAUACGAUGCUCUGGUGGUAUAACUACAAGAUUGGGACAGCAAAGGAACUGCUAUUGAGAAGGGCUUAUGAUCAAUUGAUCUUCUUGAAGAGAAAAUCAGAUUAUGUACAGAACCCCAUUCCUAAAGAUGGAUUAGUAUCACUAUUCAAGAAAAUGGUUCAGCUUGGAAAAAUAGGACUUGUUUUCAAUCCUUCUGGUGGAAGAAUGAGUGAAAUUCCUGAGAAUGAAACACCAUUUCCUCAUAGGGCGGGGAUCAUUUUCAACCUGCCAGAUUGGUGAAAGUGAAGGCUAUCGUGGAUUCACAAAAUUAAUUCAGGAAUGAACAGAGCAUCCCCACUUUGAACCUUCAGACCUCAAAAGGGAGGAAGGGACGAAAGUAAAGAGCAACAAAUGAUAAUUGCUCAUAUAGUAAUGGUUAUCAAGUAGCAGAGGUGCCUUGUCCUAUUAAUGGCUUUAGCAUAAAAUGUAGUCUUAAUGAAUGGAUAUAGUGAGCAUUACUUUUGUAGCAUUGUAGUACCCGAAUGGUUGGUUGUGCAUUAAAGAGGCAAAAGUCAUGUACAUUCAUGGAUUGAUUUCACUUAUUACAGACCUUAUUGUCUAUAUAAUCUUGUAAGAUGCAAAACUCAAACAUUUAUAAUAGGCACAAGCUAUGACUUUCCUCUCCAA